AUGGACGAUUCAUCCACUCCCUCAUCCCCAUCAGAUUCGUAUGGCGGGUUCACUGGAGAGCAGGAGUCGGUUUAUUCGGAAUUGAGCGAGAAAGUGACUGCUCGCCUCAAACAGCCGUUCGCCGAACUGUCUAGCUUGGCAGAGCUGUCUGACACGGAGAGCGAGGAAAGUUAUUCGUCUGCGCUCGAGUCUCCAACACAGCAUUCGCAUGACGGGUUCCCUGGAGAGCAGGAGUCGGUUGAUUCAGAAUUGAGCGAGAAAGCGUUACGAUUGAUUGCUCACCUCAAACAGCCAUUCAGGGCAUUUUUGUUAGCGCAGAAAUAUGGCGAAGAAUACACGAGAAUCAUGUCAGAUCGUGAUAUCAUUGCACAAGUCAAAAACACAACUUCUGUUCGCGACAUGAUGCAUUGUGUCAGGACAGUAGAGGUCGUGUAG